AACUGUAAAUCUAACUAGAAAAGAACAUUAGAGUUGGUCUUUAUCCUUCUGAGUGCAGCAAUGUUAUGGAGGCUUUGGCACAGGUGCUGUCAUGUCCAGUAUGCUUAGAAUUGUUCACUCCCCCAGUGCUGGUCCUCUCUUGUGCCCAUAAUUUCUGCAAAAAAUGCCUGGAAAGGAUUCUCAUCCUCCAGAAUUGUAGCCAUAUCAAUGGGCAGUUCUCUUGCCCCAUGUGCAGAAAAGCUAUGCGCUUGAGAGGAAGAGGAAUCAUUGGACUGCCAAGAAAUAUCCUAGUGGAGAGUGUCCUGGAAAAAUUUAAGUAUGAGCUUGAAAAUCUGCACGCCAAAGAACAAGACCAGUUGUCUCAAAUAUGUGAAGAGCAUGGAGAAAGUAUGACUUUGGUAUGUCUAACUGAUGAUAAACCAAUCUGUGCCAUUUGCAAGCUCUUUGGAGACCAUGAAUCCCAUACUGUAGCAAAAAUUGCUGAAGUGUAUGCAGAGAGGAAAAAGAGUUUCAUCAAAGAUUUAGACUGGGUAUUCCAACAUUCUGAAAAUGCUGAACGGGCAAGGAAGGAUAUUGAGAUGAGGAUCAAUGAACUUGUGUAUACCAGUGCUGAUGUCAAGGUUAUGAUUGAAGCUGUAGGAACUAGCCUACUCAAAGGCAUCAGAUGGAGAAUGGCUGAGCUAAAAGGGAAACUAUGCAACGACUAUUCUACAAAACUAGAAAAGCUGCAGCUAGUAGCAAAUGACCUUCAAGUCUCCACACACCUUUAUCACCAAAUGAAAAUCUUUCUGGAACAGCAUUCCAAUUCAGUGCAUUUUCUUCAAGAGGAUAAAAUAUUCAGAAGCAAGUUAGAGAAACUUACAGAAGGAAAAGCUAAUCAGCAAGAUACAAAUGACUGUCAUAUUUCUAUUGGGCAAUAUUUCAAAGACUUGAUCAAAGGCAUCAAUAUUAAUAAUUAUAUCUCCACUAAUUCUGAUGAAACUCUUGAAAGUUCCAGCGAGUUCCCUGAAGCGUUCAAACCAGAUUGUCCUGCAUUUUCUUUUUCUGGUGGAAUUCCUAAUGAAAGUUUCUGCCAAGAAGUACUGGAUUUUUUUCAGAAAUCAAAUGAAAUGAAGCAAGAACCUAUUCAACACAUCUCCCACAAAGAGGGAAAUAAUAUACCAAGUGAAAUAGACAUCUCAUCAGAAGCAGAAUCCGUAUGAAGGAAAGUUAUGGUAUAGUGUGUUUUAGAAACAAACACUAUAUUUAUAUUCCACAUACAAAUUAAUUAAAAGCAGCAAAAUGUCAUUGUACCAGGAGUUCACUAUUAAUUUUGAAAUAAAAUAUUUAUA